CUAUGGACCCAUUUGGCGGAAGCUAAGCAUGACUACUGUACUCUGUAUACAGGGACGUGUCUAAUGUGUGAUAAUGCCCUAAAUAUUGUGGGUGACACACUUGGAUGUGUAUUGCGAUAUAUUUCUUAUCAGCUUUAUUAUUUAUUAAGCAUAUCACAAGUUUGGUGUACUGGCAUUGUUCAUACAACUCCCCUUUUUGGAAUUUUGAUUUUUCUAUGCAGCUGUACUUGGAUCUGAUGAAAUAGACUUAAUAUCGAUGGCGUACCCCCUACCUUGUAUACGCUGUUGGGUUUAGAAAUAUAAUCUUUGCUGCAUAAUAAGAAUUUCUACAAUGGAUUGUGAGUGUUUGGAUAUGUUGCCCACGGUGUUCCGGGUUUUGGCUAACCCAAAACAGCUGAUUUCAGAUGACACCUGCUUGGAGAAGCUGCUUGACUGGCUCAGAGAUGUGGUGCAGAAAGAUGCUGCAGUUCUUGAUGUGUCAGGGAUGCCCUUCCUGAAGGAAUUUUUCACAGAUGUAUUGAAACUGCAAGAGCCUAGUCCUGGCAUUCUUUCAUUCACCAUGAGGCUAGCAGGACUGCUGUCCAUAUCCAGAACUGGAUUCCAGAAUUUACAGAGGGAGGAAAUCUUGUCCUGCCUGUUUGGAGAAAGUGGAGUCAGCAGAAGACUGUUAUGGGACGAUGCAUCAGUGCGGAGUGGUUGGAUUCAAGGAAUGCACAGUAUGAUGCAACACCAAGAGGCUGCUCAGUUCUUUGAGGAUUCUAGGGGCGUAGAAGUGACACUCCAGCUUCAGAGUGAUACCAGCAUGUUUGUAGUUUCUGCAGCCACUCACCUUUUAGCUCACAUCAUUCACAGUGUAUUGCAGUGGCCUUUAUGUCGACCAGCAAAGAGCAGCAGUUGUCGUUUGAGCAGUACAGCUGAUGUAUUUCCCAACAUUGAUGAGUGUGAUUGGCCAAGCUGUGUUCAAAAAAUCAUUGCACUUGUUGAAGCUUCCUUGAACUCUGAUGUUUCUUCUGAGGUAUGCCACUCUGUCAGGAUAUUAACUUUAGUUUUUAGUCAGUGCCAAACAACUGUUGCAGUCCGGCUAUGGCCAAAGGUGUCAGGACCUGUUGGAGCCCUUCUGAGGAGGUGCCCAUCUUUUGUGGCACAGCCACUGGCAGAUCUGUUUCUUACGUUAUCCAGGUGCCCUGCAUUUUGUUCACUGGACUCUGAAAUCUGGGCCAUGCUGAGUUUUGCUCUGCAUUCAUUCACUCCACCACUAGCUAGCAACCUUGCACUGGGAAUCGGAAAGCUUCCUGAAUGUCCUCUGUCAACAAAGCUUGAGGCCUAUAAUGUGAUUUUACACCCGAUGGAUUACGUUCUUAGGGCCUCCAGCCAGAGAAUGCAGGAAACAGGCCUGUUGGAUGAGACGGUCUGUGACCCUGCAGCUGUGGAAAAGCUCCUAAUUAAUCGGUCUUCCUGCAUUGCCUUUCUGUGCCAGGCACUUGGUCACAUCAAAGACCUGUCAGACACACUGCCAUCCUGUCCAACGCAGUUCCCAUGCAGUCUUCUCGUGCAGUCUGUUCUUUUGGUCUUACAGUUCUGUAGUGAUGAGAUACUCCCACCCUGUGUAACUGCAGCUACUCUUUGCCAAAACCUGAUUGGCUGUGUCAAAAUUCAAAGGUCGUCUCUGGAUACACUAGGGAGUCUUUCCAAGUGGGGAGCACAUUGUCAGUGGGAAAAUGUAUUAAAUGUUCUGCUUGGGUACCUUAAGAAUCCUGAAUCUGAUCCAGUGGUUCUGCAGAAAUCCUUUCAGGCCACUUGCUUGUGGUUGAUCAGCCUUUGUUCACACCGUGAGGAACUUUGGCCAAGGAUCCAUCAUUUCCUUAGCAAUGACCUCUUCCCAGUGUUAAAGAAACGUAUAUUUGACCUUCGUUGGGAAGUCAGGGACUCUGCUGUUGAGUUUCUCAUUGGAAUUUCAGCUGCAUUUCAAGAGAAGAAAGAUCUCAGGACUCUCUUGUUCACUUCCGGCAUUGUUGAUCUCUUGAUGGACCUCUUGGAAGAUCCUGAAAGCUAUGUCCGUGCAAGUACAGCCAUGGCAUUGGGGCACCUGGUCGGCAUCACCGGAUACCUAGAAAAUCUGCCUGAUCUGGAAAACAGAUUCACCUCUGUAGAGGAAAAGAUUGUUCCACAGCUGCUGAACAUACUUUCCGAUGAUUCUGAGGGCUUCCCAAGAAGGGCUGUUGUCAAAGUAUUCACCAGCUGGCUCAAGAAUCACCACAUGUGGAAGGGAAUGGAAAGAAACAUUGCACAAGUAUUGCAUGGUGGGGGGCAUGACCCUGACUGGGAAGUAAAAGUUAAUACCUUAAAUCUGGCGGAAACAUUGGUUCAGCAGACACUAAAUGGCUCCUGUUGUAUAUUUGCCACCAAACACUCUGGCAUUCUGAAACCAGAAAAUGUUUGGAAUUCCUUGCAGGAGCUUUAUGAAACAAAACUGUUUGAAAUAUUGUUCCACACCUUAUUUGACUGUGACAGACCAGUUGCUCAGAAAUCCUGCAGCAUCCUUAUUUUACUGAAAAAAGCUACUGUUGAAUUUUGCACAGAAAUGAACUCUGAGCCUGACAAGCACAUGCUGUCCAGAGAAAUGAUGCAGGACAGGAUAUCAAGUAGGUGUGGUUACUGCAUGGGUAGUGCUGACAAUGCAAAUCUACAGACACUGGAAAAUGUCAUUGAUGUUCUGAUGGCAUUAAAUCUUGAAGUGUUGCAGUGUGAACUAGAGCAAAGUAGCGAUUAUGUUGUCAACAGCCCUCGCUCACUCUUACAGGACAUACUUGCAACUGCUUUAACAUCCUCAGAAGAAAUUGAUGUAGACUGCUACUAAGCGGUCAAUGCAAAGGGGAGUCUGACCUCACGUUUGUAAUUUGGUUGUUCUGUUUCACCUUGAUGGUUUUCUUACAUCUCAGAAUAAACAACUGCAUUUCUGUUUAGAACCUUCA